AGCUUCCCUUGUGCCAUUUCUGUGUGGCUUAUCAUCUUAUGCCACUAUUACAUGAACCCCCUGCUGCCGGCUCAUGCGCUGUGAAUCGAUGAUCGUCAGUGGACCAGGUAUCUCGUCGUUAAAAUGGACAUCAUUUUGUUUGGAAAACCCCUCCCUCUCUCGAACCUUCAACCUGGAUUCUUGGAUGGCUCAAGUCACUUAAUCUUGAUAGAAGACCGAUCCUGUCCACCAAACACGGAGAUUCCCAGCGCGCGUUCUGGCCAGAGAACUCGGGCAGCGUCCAACUCCACCAGAGACUGUGUGAACCUCCCGGGACCCGGGCUUGCGUCUACGAUCCAGGAUGGGCGUGGGGCUCGUUGCCGCACAGUUGGCAGUUUGGCAGGGAGGAUUUACUGUAUUAAUAUCCGAGGCGUUUCGUUGAGAUCGUGUGGACUGUGGCGUAAGUUAGUCCUUUCUCGUCCUUCGCGAUGUCGAUUCGGGGCUGCAGCUGGGAGCUAUUUCGCCAAAGGAGAUUUGCGGGCCUUCCAAGUUCCCAAAACGUCCCCCACGACCCGUCCGCGCCCGGGCCGAGUCGCCUGGGUUCCCGGCCGCGACUGACUCUUGACAUCCCGAGAAGCGGGUCUGAACGACUACUGAGGUGGACGAGGUCUCCCGUUUCUGGUCUCCCGUGCUUUCGUUGAGGUUAGUGCCUCGUUGAGCCUAGUGAGGAACUGAUGUUGAAUCGGCUGCGCGCCGCGCGCAAUGAGGCACACUUCUACUUUUGUCUCCAUGCAGGAAAUGUCCCGAGUACUUCUUCCGUUGUACUGUAGUGUCACGGUGUCACGGUGU